AUGCGGCAGCCGCAGCGCCCGCAGAACGGGGCGGCAGCCCCCUCCAAGGCCGCCGCCGUGACGUCGCCGGCGGCAGCGCCCCCUGGGCGCGCGCCGGCAAACGCUGCAGCGCAGCGGGCCGAGCCGCGUGCAGGCCAGCAGACCGCGGUGCCUACACCAGCGGUGCAGGCCACGGCAGCCACGCCGACUGCCUCGCCGCCGGCACCGGCAGCAGCAGCAGGCGCGCCCGCAUCGGCGGCGCAACAAGCGGCGGCUGCCGCCGCUGCCCUAGCCAACCCCGGCCAGCAGGCGGUGGCCGACCUAGAAGCCAUCCUGGGGCGCAUCAUGAACCUGGACGCAGAGGGCUGGUUCAGGCACCCGGUGCGCCACAGCGAUGCACCCAACUAUUACAAGAUCAUCAAGCGGCCCAUGUGCUUCGAGGUGAUGCGCGGCAAGAUCCGCGGGCGGCAGUACGUCAACUGGCAGGAGGUGGUGCGCGACUUUGAGCUCAUCUGCAGCAAUGCGAUGAAGUACAACCAGCGCCGCUCCCGCGUGCACAAGCAGGCACUCGUCAUGCUGCGGGCUGGAAAGAAGCUGCUGGUGGAGAUGGAGGCGGAGGGCCGGCGGGCCAUGGCGGCGCUGGUGGCGUCUGGCGGCAUAGCGGCCGCUCCCGGCUCGGUGCAGCUCACGCCCGCUGACAGCCAGGCGGUGCCAUCCAGCCUUUUCCGCAGCGGGGCAGCAGGCGCCACGCCCACGUCGGCAGGAAUGCUUCGGUCGCAGUCCACGGCGGACACCGCCACUACAGAGGCGGAGUCAGAUCCGAUGCAGCUAGACGCGCCAGAUGGCACCAUGCCAGCGCCAGCAGACGCUGACGUGGACCCCGCAGGCUACAGCAGCUACGAGGAGACGGAUUUGGAGGGCGAGGGGGAGGGCGAGGGCGUCUCUGUGCGGCAGCAGCAGGUUCUGGAGUAUGCCCGGGAUGCAGUGCUGGUGCAGCCAUGGGGCGCCGCGCCCGCAGUUGCUGGCGCGCCCGGCGAGCCCGCGGGCCGUCAAGGCGAGGCGCAGCGGCAGCAGCAGGAGCAGCAGCCGGCCGCAGAGCACGCGCCGCACUCGCGGGAGUGGAAGCAGGUGCGGCGGGGCGUGGAGUGGCGGGCACGCUGGCUGGAGCAUCGCCUCACCGAGCUGCAGCACCAGCGCCAGCGCUACCAGCAGCAGCUCCGCGAGGCCGCGCAGGCGCCGGCGGGGCCGGAGCAGCAGCGGGAGCAGAAGCAGAAGGUCGGCGCGGCGCAGCCUGCAGGCGGCGGCGAGCCGGGCGCGGGCGGCGCGGCGCCGCUCCUGCACGUGCGCCGCCAGCGGCUGGAGCUUCCCGAGUUCCAGCUGCCAGGCCUGCUGCAGCACCCCUUCAUCGCCGCGCACAGCGUGGUGGGCGCGCGGCAGCAGGCCGCGGCGGCCGCCGACGCCGCGGCCGACGAGCCGGCGGCCCUGGAUGGCAACGACUUUCCAGCUGAGGUGCAUGCCGCCCUGGACCUUCUGGACCAGCGCCUGUCCUCGCUGCGCCGCCAGCUGGUGGCCGUGCAGCAGCCUGCGGCGCAGGCCGCGCUGCACCGCGUCGCCGCGGUGCGCGUGCCCGGCUACCGCGGCGGCGGCAGUGGCGGCGGCGCGCGCCGCGGCGGCUUCACGCCGCGCAGCAGCGGCGGGUUCACCCCGCGCGGCACCCCUCGCGGCUCCUCCUUCUUCCGCAGCGACUCGCUGUCCAAGCGGCGGCGCAUCCAGGAUUACGACACUGGCGAGCUGCUGACCCCGCUGGGUGCUCCCAAGUUUGUGGAGCGAGCUCAGGUCAAGACGAUUGACACGCCCCGCGUGCGCCCUCUGCCCGCCUCGGAGCUCAAGAAGCGGCAGGCAGCGGUGGAGGCGUAUGGGGCGGAGCUGAAGCAGGGUGAGGGCAUGGCGGCGGCGGAGGCCAUUGAUGCCAUGUGCCCUGGCGAGGGGUCCAGCGACGAGGACACAUCUGACGAGGCCUUCCUGGCGCGCCAUCGGCACAUGGAGACGGCGGAGCGGGCGCGCUAUGAGGCUGUGCUGGACGCGGCUGUGAAGAAGAACAAGCAGGCAAGCAAAGUGACCAAGGAGCGGACCAAGCACUCGUCGCUGCCGCGCCCCAACGUGUCUCGCACCCUCUCCGCCCCCGCGCUGGUCGGCGGCUUUGGCGGCGGCGGCGGCGGCGGCGGCGUGCUGGCGUCCCCAGGCUCGGGCACCCUGCCGGGCGCCGCCUCGGCGCCGGCGGUGGCGCUGGCGGGGCCCGCUGGCGGCGGCGCGCCCGCGGCGGCACCACCCGCCGGCCCCAAGCCUGCUGCGGGCAAGUCUGCCGCAGGCGCCGCCUCGGCGGCGGCGACCCCCAGCACGGCUGGCAUGCUAGCGGCGCCCUCGCCGGCCUCCACUCCCGCCAUGGCAGGCGCCCAGCAGCAGGCGGCGACGGCUUCGUCGGCGCAGCAGGGCGGGCAGGCGGCGGCGGCGGCCGGCAAGGCAUCCUCCUCUGCCGGCGCGGCGGGCUCAUCGUCGCUCAAGGGCCCCAACGGCAUGCCGCUGGUCAUGAUCCCAAUGAAUGCUGCCAUGGCAGCACACAUGGCGCAACAAAUGGUGGCAGCUGCGGCGGCGGCCAACCACGCGGCCGGCAAGCAGGGCGGGUCGGGGGGCGGCGGCGCCAACGCGGCGGCCGCCGCGGCCGCCGCCGUGGCCACGUCGGCAGCCAUGAUGCGGCCGCCCUUCACCCUCACCCCCGCAAUGGCGGCGGCCAUGGCGGCGGCAGGUGGCGGCCAGCUGGCCGCGGCAGCGCAGCAGGCGGCCGUGCGGCAGGCGGGAGCUGCCAUGGCGGCGGCGGCGGCCGCCGCCGCGGCGGCAGACCAGCACAGCUCGCUGCCCCCGGCGCUGCAGGCUAUCAUCCCCAAUGGGCCCUCGGCCAACGGUGGCGGAGGCAGCAGCAGCGGCAAGCGGGGGAGGCCCGCGCGCAGCGCCGGGCGGCCGCGGCGCUGA